AUGACGAAACAUUGUCAACCAAGCACCCGCAUCAGCGAUCAUACUCUUCACCUAUGUACAUCGGGUGAAACUGUAUCCUCACUUCUCGCUCAUGAUCCCAACCUACGACCUAGUGACGCCUGGGACAAACUCUACAGUAACGCCGCGCGGAAAGGAGGGGGGGCUGCAGAACGUGGACCGAAUCGGCAGUCGACCAAUGGUCACGAUAGUACUACCGAGACAGAGCUCGAACAAGCGGCAAGGUGCGGGAACUGGGGUCCGACUAAACCAAGUGACUUAUUCCUCAAGUCAAGACUGCCCGAUAUUGCCCGCCACAUGUCCAAUCUCAUUGUCCGUGCAAAAGAGGAGGUGUUCUUGGCGACCAACUACUGGCAAAACAGCGUAGCCUCCAAGUACAUCACUGACGCCAUCAGAGAACUGGACCGCCGAGCUGGGGAAGCGGGCACUAGGGUAGUCGUCAAAAUCAUCUACGACCGCGGGAGCCCCAGACAGCUCUACCAGCCUCACUACAUCGUUUCCGAGAAAGUCUCGACUGGCAAGGACGUCAACCUACCGUCUGCCGCUGAGAUCCCGAAUAUUGACUUGGAGGUCAUGAAUUACCACACCCCGCUAAUGGGGACCUUUCACGCAAAGUAUAUGGUGGUUGACCGGAAGAUUGCUGUCUUGCAGAGCAACAACAUCCAGGAUAAUGACAACCUGGAGAUGAUGGUCCACUUGGAGGGCCCCAUUGUUGAUUCAGUGUACGAUAUGGCUCUGAUUUCGUGGCAUAGGAGAUUGGAUCCGCCAUUACCGAGUCAAACUGCGGGUCUUGUUGACGGUGAAAAGCAAGACACGAGGUUGGAUAAAACCGACGGCGGUACUACCGGUGAUGCGAAUUCAGAAAAGGGUAAGGUGGGACCCACCAAGGAUGACAAGAAGCCAGUAUCGGUUGUUAAAGGGGAGCAAAGCAACGGAGCAGUCACCGAUCCUUUGAACCAGGAUCUGGUACAAGAAACAAGACCGCUCCCACAACACACGGCAGAUGAUCCGCACUACGACGAGGACAUUGCGGGGGAACUGGCCCGCUCGCAAGCAUCACUCGCUCCCAAGCCCAGGGAGACACACCUGCAAGCCGUCACCCGGCUGCUCAACCACACCCUCAACGAAGGUCUGCCAGGAGACCCUGGAGCACCGGAGUGCCCACCGGGAGAUUUCAUGACACCAUACCUCCCCCACCUAACUGGCACCCCCUGCCCGAUGGCCCUCGUCAACCGCGCCCCCUACGGCCCGCCAACCCACGGAUCCGUGUCGAACCCCCAGAACGCCGCCUGGCUCUCCGCCCUACGCAACGCCCAGAAGAGCGUUUACAUCGUCUCGCCAACCCUCAACGCAUCCCCCGUCCUCCCGGCCAUCAUCGAAGCCUGUGAGCGCGGUGUCGACGUCCACUGCUACAUCUGCCUCAGCUACAACGAUGCCGUUCGUCCCCCUCUCCACCCAUUCUCCCCUCAAACCAACCUACCACCCCUCACUAACACCCCCUUCCCCCCCAAACAGGGCGAACUCCUCCCGCGCCAAGGCGGACACAACGAAGGCGUCUCCGCCCACCUGCACCGCACCCUCACCCCGACGGGACGCACGCACCUCCACUACCACUGGUACGUGGCCAAAGACCAAACCCGCCCCAUCACACAAGCCUCCCGCCAACGCAGCAGCCACGUCAAGCUGCUGAUCGCGGACGGCGCCGUGGCGGUGCAGGGCAACGGCAACCAGGACACGCAGAGCUGGUUCCACAGCCAGGAGGCGAAUUUGUUGGUGGAUAGUGCGGAGUUGUGCGGGCUGUGGUUGGAGGGGUUGCGGCGGAAUCAGAAUACGGGGUUGUUUGGGGCGGUGGGGGGGCUGGAUGGUGUGUGGAGGGAUGGGAGGGGGGAGGAAGUCGAGGGGGCGAUGGGGGUGGAGGCGGGGAGGGUUAGGGGGUGGGCGAGGGGGGUGAAGGGCGCGGUGGAGAGGGUGAGGGGGACGGGCGGGUUUUGA